CUUCAAGACCAAGGUCAAUAUCCAAACCUCAAAUAUGAGUACAGUUGAUGUCUGGGCGAACGAAAAUUGGCAUGGAUCGGCAUGGACGCAUCAGAAUUCCUCGACAUGAGCGAUCGCGAGCUUCUCGAACGGUUUCUACAACUCCACGAUCAGGCAGAAUUAGGGAAUAUGAAGCCAAGUAUUUUGACUGACGGAAAGGUGACUGCCUCAAUGAUUGACAUUGGUCACUCUAUCAACUUCUUACGAGUUCCACUCGACAAUCCCAAUUUAUGCAGAUGUUGUGGCAAUUAUCUUCCCCUGCUUUACUUUGAAUUGAGCGGUAGCUAUUGUAUGAAGUGCUUACGGGCCGAGAUUAUUCGUCAGUACACGUCAUCUACAGCAGGUGCUGGUAGGUUUACUGCGAGGUAUGCUCCACAAGUCACUAUGAUGUCUGAUCUUGACACUCGGUAUCGAGCCCAAUACCCAGAGGCUGAUCCUACGACGUGUGGCUGUUAG